AUGUGGUGUGCGUCGCACACCGUGUGGAUGAGUCUCUUAUUUGCCUUACUGCCUGUCGUGUCUGUGCCUAUUGGUUUUAUUCUUCUUUUUGGUUGUUGGUUAGUGUUCAGAUUUAGCUCAAUCAAACUAAGAAAGCAAGGAGAAACAAUGUCUGGGAGGCCCGAGACAGUGCACGGUGGCAAUGGGGAGGGUCCCGUGCCCAUUGUGCCGCAAGGAAAUGGUCGGAGGAGGGCGAGGCCGGUGCUUGAGGGUGGCACAGAUCAACUCGCUGCGACUCGCAGAAGAAUGGAGGAAGCGCGGCAACCACAGUGGACUCUUGACAGACGUGUGGAAGAUGUGCUGCUGGAGGCAACGGCUCGCAGCAACGAAAUGAAGCUGAACGAUUUUCUUUGGCGGAAUUUUGGCGGCAGGGGCGUUGUGGACACGAAUAGGAAUGUUUUGCUGAGGGAAUUCUUAAAGGACCCCACGAGGUAUAUCCGCGAUGAGGGACUAUUGAACGAGAUACACGCAUCGUCUCAUUACAGGAGGAUCAGGAAUGAUCUAAGGAAUAAAAUGGUUUUUGAUGAAGAUGUACGCAAGCUUGAGGAGAAUGGUGUAAAUACCCUAAUCGACUGGCUAGAAGCUGCCGCGGGGGUAAAGGCAGUUGUUCAUUGCAUCACUAAGGUUUCUUUGGAUCCAUUCCUUGAAGACGUGAGGAACUCAAUGAGGAUGAGUGCACCGAGGUACCUGGAGGGGUUCUACGAGUCUGUGUACAGUGCGAGGUGGAGCCAUGUGGUGGAAGUUCCUGGCGGCGAGGGGAAGGGAAUGGAAGUGAGGGAAGGGGAAGCACCGCAGCCAUGGACGUACAGGAAAGUUGGCCGAACCCUCGAAAAGGAUGAUGGUGCGCAGCAGUCCGGUGAAGCACCUUCCGUGUUGAUGGUGCUCACCUCGGACAAGGGAUGGCCGUACUCGUGGAAUCGGAAGGGGGCGGAAUCCACUCGUGACUGCUACGUGAACUGUGAGGUGGAUCGAGUGUGGCAGAUCGUCAAGCGUGAUUUAACCAAAUGGUCCAGCAGCCACGUUAAGACCGACUUUACGCCUGAGCGGCGUGUGUUGAUUGGGACGCCCGGGAUCGGGAAGUCGAUGGCUGCCGGUUCGUACCUCCUCUACCGGCUGCUGCACUGCGAUGUCGAGAAACUCCAAAUGGUUGCUUACUUUAUUGCGGAUCGAACAUUCCUGUUUGACAAGACCAGGAGGACGGUGUCGACGUACAUGAGCGACUCCAGUAAUGCGUCUUUUGUGAGGAGCCUGUCUGACCGUGGGGUGAAGGGGUAUAUUAUUUACAACGUGGCAGAGCCGGAUGAUGAACCGUUUGGUUAUUCGUCUCCCAGGGGAUGGGGCAUGGUUUUGGUGUCACCCCCAUUCGAGAGGAACUACAAAGAAUGGGUGAAGCGGAGGGAUGCCACAACAAUAGUUAUGGAUUGCCCUGGUGAAAGCGAUGUGAAGGCGAUGUGCGCUUGGAUGAGACGCCAUCAGCCCGUGCGGGAGCAAGCGGAGUACUGGAAGGUGGUGAAGGGCCACAUGGAUGAAGUGGGACCUAUUCCACGUUAUAUCUUUGACGAGCGAAAGUAUGAUAAUUGGGUUCAACGGUGUCACAAGAUUGUCGAUGAGGCGACCUCUUCUGUAAUCGCGCAAUACAGUGGUUUGGGACGUGAUGGAUCCUGGGAUCGUACGAAGGUGCUCUACUGGCUUGCGAGGGUUGUCCGAGUACGAGGUAAAACGAGCGGUUCUGAAUUUCUUUUCAAUUUACCGGUGUCUGCUCACCUCGGAAAUAAAACAUUAUUCAAGUCGGCGAAGUUAAUGCAGCAGCUUGAUUUUAAUUUUCUCAUAUCGUGGCUGACGGAUUAUCUCAUAUCAGAAAAUUUUGGAAGGUGCACCGUGUUUGCAUUUUUGAAUGAAUCUUUUGUGAGUGCAAUAGAACGCAGACCGAGGGAGCUGAGGCCAUCACCACAACGUCGGUCCCACCGCUGUGCGCUGGCGGUGUACUCACAGCAGCGCUCCACCAGGCACCAUGUCUUACCGCCACUGGAACACUUUUCUGAGAGGAUUGAUGUGGAGUGCGGGGUGCUGUACGUAACGGAGGUGGAGAACUUUCCGCUGGUGGACGGCUUUUUCUUUGUGAAGACAAAACCAAGGACGCUGGUUGGGCUGCGGAUGGCUGCGGCGGGUGCGCAUCACACGACAACCAGCACUGUGCGGCACUUCACGGAGUAUCUGGCGGCAUAUUUUAAUGGUUGGGAGGAAUUAUCCCGACAACUGUCGUGGGAGAUUAUUUAUGUGCAGCACGCAGACAGCACGCCGAUGAAUGACUGGCAGAGAUGUGAUGUCGUCGACUCCAAUAAUGUGAGCGGCGCGGACAACAAUGAAAUUGCGGCGUUCUGGAACGAAAAGGUACGCCAGUACAAAGUGUCAAUAUCUUCCAGAGACGCCCCAAGAAGGGUUUAG